AUGGAGGCCAGUGACAGUGGAGUCCCUCAGGGAUCAGUCCUGGAACCAGUCUCCUUCAAGAUCUUUGUUGGCAACAUGGAUAGUAGCACUGAUUGCACCCUCAUAUCAUUUUAUGGUCAUAGCUAUGUUGAGUUGAACAUGGCAGAAUCAUCCUCUCAGACAUCGCUACAGUUGCGGUUUCGAACAAGCAAGGCUCAUGGACUGCUUUUUCUUGCAGCUGGGAAGAAGGAUUACUGUUUAAUGGAGCUACGUUCAGGAAUUCUACAGCUGAGAAUUAACUUUGGCGUGGAGGAACGAGUACUGCAUUCUCAACAAAGAUCUCAGCUGAAUGAUUUAGCUUGGCACCUGGUUGAACUAUAUCAUGAACAUGAUAAUGUGACAUUGGUAAUUGAUAAACGUGAUAGAUCUAGUACAAAAAUGCCUGGAAUUCUCUAUGAAUUAGAUGUUGAUUAUGGAUUCUACAUAGGUGGAACAAGUAAACUUGAUGCUCCCUACUUUGUUGGAGCACUGCCCAGUUUCCGAGGAUGUAUUGACGAUGUGUUGUUCAAUCAGCUAGACAUUCUGAUGCCUCUGAGAACUUCUCCUGGCCUUAAAAAUGUCCACGAAGUUUCAGUGGGAUGCAGUGAUGAAUUCUUUGCAGGUGAAGAUAAAGCCAUUAGUUUCUUCAGUUCAAGAUCCUAUAUUUCUUUCCCAUCAUGGAAUAUUGAUAAUGAGGGAAUCUUGGAGUGUACAUUCCAAACUUCAGCUGCACAUGGCUUGCUGCUAUACCAUCCUGGGCAAGCAGGAGACUUCAUUGCAAUGGAAAUGGAAGAUGGAUUAAUUACAGUCUAUGUUGGAAAACGUAAGAGCAGAACCCAGCUUUCCUCUCAUAGGUCAGUCAAUGACAGUCAUUGGCACUACAUCCAUCUGAAAUACACUGCAGAAUAUUUGCAGCUGACAUUGGAUGAAGAAACUAUGAAAAAAUCGUUGCCUCACCACAGUAAGCUGCUGCUUCUGAAGGGAUCUCUCUUUGUAGGUGGUGUGGAUGACAGCACACGAUCAGAAGUGAUUAAGCUAGACCUAAUCUCAGAGUCUGGGAAGCAUGCCAAAGGAGGGUCCUUCAAAGGUUGCUUAAGAGACUUGAAAGUCAAUUCAGAAAAGAAAUCACUGAAGGAUGUUCUGGUAACAAAGGAUAUUUCAGCUGGUUGUGAAACACAGAGUGUUUUUAAUACAAAUCUUUCUUUAGAGAUGGCUGUAAAGAACCCUGCUGUGAAAGCAGCCCCAACAUUUACCAUUUCCCCUGAAAGCUAUGUCUCUCUGGACAAGGAAGAUGGAAGCCAUUUUUUAGUUCUAAGUAACUUGAUUGUACUAGAGGGAGAACAAGCUUCACUGGAAUCUAAACAUAUUAAAGUCAGCUUAGAGUUUCAGAAAUUAGAGAUUCAUCAAUCACAAAUUCUUUUUGAAAUAAAGGAACCGCCUUCUCAUGGAUACUUGAAACUAGAUGUUGAACCAGCACAGGAGGUAAAUACAUUUACUAUGCAGGACUUAUGGCAAAGGAAGAUUCUUUAUGUCCAUGAUGGUUCUGAGGACACUUAUGAUUAUUUUAAUUUCUCCAUUUCUACCAGCAGUGAGAAGAUAGUGCUUCCAUAUUUACAAGGAAAUGAACAACAUGUGUUUAGUAUUAAUGUCACUCCAGUAAAUGAUGCACCUGAGAUCACACUUCCUGAGGGUAACGUGCUGUUUCUUUUAGAAAACUCAAAGAAAUGUUUGACUAGUGAUCUAAUAAAAGUGCUAGAUAAGGAUACAGAUCCUGUGAACCUCAGUCUUUCAGUACUUGGAAGUCUGAAUGAAGACGCAGGAUUUUUAGAAAAUUCAAAGCAUCCUGGAAAAGCUGUUACUACUUUUUCUAAUGAGGACUUAAGAGAAGGUGCUAUUUUCUUUGUGCACACAGGUGUCAAGAACUCAAGGAUUGUUCUGAGGGCAAGUGAUGGUGAGAAGGUGAGCAGCACUGUUGUGUUACGUGUCAUGGCAGUUUCUUUGGAUUACAGAGUUGUCAACUCAGGAAUAAAAUUGCUCCAAGGUGUUACAGCUCUUAUAACACCUAUGCAUCUGGCAGUUGAAACAAAUACUAGCCUCCAGGAGCUGGAGAUACGUUAUGAGAUCACAGAGCCACCCCAGUUUGGAGAGAUCCAAAGGCAACAUUCAAAGGGGGAAUGGAAGCAAGUUAACUCUUUUUCUUACCGCUCUGUUCAACGUAGCCGUGUGAGAUACUGUAGCACUUUUAAAGAAAUUCAGUUGGAAAAUAUUACUGACCAAUUUAAAUUCAAAGUUAGUGUAGGAAACAGAAUCACUGAAGAGUACACAUUUCCUAUCAAGGUGAAAUGGUUGAGGUACAGUUUAUUGAAGUACACUCCUCUAGAACUUGAAAAAUCAAAAAAGAAGUACUUGAAUUCAGACAAUCUUUUUGCUGUGAUUGUGGAUCUAGAAAUACCUGAAGAUGAGCUUAAUUUUAAAUUGCUGUCCCUACCAAAGAAUGGACAGAUAUUGCUUAAUGACCAGCCUUUGAAGAAAGAAUCAGUCUUUAGCCAGAAGGAUAUUAGUGAUAAAAAAGUAGCUUAUGAAUUAAUCAACAGAUACCAUGAAGACAACCAUGAUUCAUUUAGAUUCCUCAUUUCUACAAAGUAUCUGAUAUCACAUUUAUAUGACUUUGAAGUCUACAUCAAAUCAGAUUUUGGAAAUGUUAUUUUGACUAACAAUGGCCUUACUGUUACUGAAGGUGAAGGAGAGUUAAUUACAAGCAAAAACUUGUUUGUGCAAACACCAGAUAAUAAAACUUUCCAAUAUAAAAUUACACAGUUUCCUAAGCAUGGGAAAUUAAAACUCAUUACAUUUUCAGGCUCAUUUGAGAGUAAUGACAGUAUCACCACUUUCAGUAACAAAGAUAUAACUGAUAAGCGCCUUAUGUAUGUACAUGAUGACUCUGAAACUGCAUUUGAUGGAUUUCUUGCCAGAGCUUCCAGUGAAGACACAGGAAUGCAGACAAACUUUGACCCAGAAUUAGAACCUUUGUCAGUAGAAAUUAGAUUCAACAUUUCUGUCCAGCUGAAGAAUGAUGAGAAACCAAUACGUGUAGUUGAUAAGAUAUUUAAUGUAGUGAGAAAUGGGCAACGAUUAUUAACUUUGGCAGAUCUUUGCUGUCAUGAUCCUGAUUCUGAUUUUGAUGAUGGACAGUUGCUGUAUACUAGACGUGGCAUUUCUAAUGGGGACUUGGUACUAGCAAAUGAUACUUUGCACAGAGUCUACCAAUUCAAACAAGCAGACCUGGAACAAAAGCAAGUUCUGUUUAUACACCAUGGUGCAGAUUUUGGGCGUUUUGUGCUGUUUGUGACAGAUGGCAAGCACUAUACCUCUUUGCUUCUAGAAGUUAAUGCUACUGAUCCUUAUGUUAGGCUGGCAAAUAAUACAGUCCUGUUGAUUCAAAAAGGGAAAGAGGAAAUUGUUAGAACUGCUAACCUAAGUGCUGUUACAAACCAAGAUAUCAGAAAUGACAAUGAGCUUACAUAUGAGAUAGUCUCUUUCCCUAAAUAUGGAAAAAUAUAUGUAAAUAAUCUACCAAUGGAUUAUUUUACUCAACUUGAUUUGAUAAAGGCGUAUGUGACCUACAAGCACGAUGACAGCAGCAACCUUAUUGACAUGUUUAACUUCACGGUCCAUGCUAGAGAUACCCAUCUAGAUGCUGGAGUGCAUGUUCGCAUAUAUUUGGAAAGUCAUCAGUGGCCACCAAGGAUUGCAAACAAAAACCGUCUCCUCGUUGAAGAAGGAAAACCAGUUAAAAUCAGUAAAGGAAAACUGCAAGUUGUUCAUGGCAACAGUUCUCCGUCUGAGAUUGUAUUCACAGUGCAACAGCUUCCAGUACAUGGAUACAUUCGGAAGUUUUCCUCAGAACACAGUGAUCUUGGUGCUGACCAAAGGCCAGUUUUGAGCUUCACACAGCAAGAUGUUGAUGAGGGCAAAGUUCAGUAUGUGCAGACAGUUUCUGACCAGCUAGAAGACCGCUUUUCUCUGGAUGUGACCAAUGGUGUCCAAACAGUGAGUGGAAUAGAGAUCUCUGUAGACAUCAUCCCCAGAAUGAUUCCACUGGAAGUACAGAACUUCACAGUAAUUGAAGGGCAUUCAAAAGCCCUGAUGGAAGACUAUCUAAAAAUUUCUAGCAGACACUUUGCAGGACUCAGCUGUGAAUUUAUUUUGACUGAGCAGCCAAAACAUGGAUAUAUUGAAAACUCUCAUGCUCCUGGAAUAACACUUACCACAUUUACCAGAAAACAGGUGGAACAAGAAUUAAUCUACUAUGUUCAUGAUGGCAGUGAGGAACUGAUGGACAAUUUUACUGUGAUAGUAAACAACACAGAACUGUGGAAACAAAGCUUGCCCCGUACUGUAUUUAUUACAGUUACUGCAAUAAAUGAUGAAACUCCUGUUAUAAAAGUUAACAAAAUUCUUCGGGUCUGGAUGAGUUCAGUUACAGAAAUAACUAUUGAUGACCUCUGUGCAGAAGACAAGGACUCCUCACCAUCAAAACUGAUGUAUUCCAUUAGUCCACCUAGCAAUGGGCACUUGGCUCUGAAGUCUUCUCCCAACAAGAGCAUCCUUAAUUUUACCCAGGCUGAUAUAAUUGAAGGGCAGCUGGUAUUUGUACACAAUGGAGCAAUGUCUGGAGGAUUCAACUUUCAGGUAACAGAUGGUUUGAACUUUGCACCUUGGCAGAUUUUUAGCAUCACAGCUCAGUUGCUAGUCAUUGGCCUUGAAGUGAACAAAGGACUCAGAGUCUUUCCAGGUUCCAGGAAAGCUAUUUCCCGACAUGAUCUGAAAGCUGUAACCAAUGAUAUAAACAAUGCAGGAAACAGAACUAUAACUUUUAUUGUUGUAACUUCUCCAAAACUUGGAAGACUGAUCAGAGUAAAUUCUGGUAAUACCACUCAGGAAAUCCUCAGUUUUACACAGUCCAUGGUAGAUGAAGGUGUCGUCAUUUAUGAACACUUAGAAUCCGAGACAGAUGUCUGGAGUGCAGAAGAUUUCUUUACCUUUACUGUCUCCUCUCCACCGUCAGCUCUGGACCUCCAGGUGUUCCGCAUUGUCAUUUCGUAUGAAAUUACCAGGCAUGAUCAGAACAGUCAUCUUCUUGCAAAUACAGGUGCUGUAGUUCAGGAGGGAGGUAGAGUAUUCAUCAACAAAACAAAUUUGGAUGCUUCAAAUCUAUUGGGUAAGCUACCUGAGAUACAGCGUUCCAUGUAUGAAGUCUGGUAUCAAGUUGUAUCUUUACCCCAACAUGGCAUGAUUAUUGUUGGAGAAAGAAAUGUUACCAAAGAAAAGCCUAACUUCUCGCAGUAUGUACUGAACAAAUUUGGAAUUGUGUACCUGCAUGAUAAUUCUGAAUCGCUUAAUGACAAUUUCACUUUUGCUGUGUGGUUAAACCUAAAGAGCAAGUCUGCAACAAAGCCCCAUAGUGAAGUUUUAGAGGAAGUUUUUAAUAUAACUGUUGUUCCAGUAAAUGAUCAAGCUCCAGAAUUGAAGACUAAAAGGCUGCACUUGAAAGUCCUGCAAGGAGAUGUGUCAGUGCUGCAGUCAGAGAAUCUGAAAGUUGAAGAUCUAGAUAACACUCCAGCUGAGCUCAAAUACACCAUUAUUAGCAAUCCCAAUAAUGGUUAUUUAGCAAUGAAAAGCAAUAUCAGUGUCUCUAUAAAGGAUUUCACACAAGCUGAUGUUGACAGUGGUAAAGUUUGGUUUGUACAGGAUGGAAGUUCAUCUUCUGGAGUGUUUUAUUUCAGUGUGACUGAUGGUAAACAUCGCCCUUUAUACAGACUAUUCAGUGUUGAAGUCGUACCCAUCACUCUUGUUCUGGUCAACCUUACCAGUGUUACACUUCCACAGGGCCAGACAUCUGUCACUAUUACUAACAUGCAGCUUUCAGCUGUCACAAAUGGAAAAAGCACUAAUAUCACAUAUGAAAUAACCCAGCCACUCAAAUAUGGGCACCUGAUGAUUGGAAAUCAGAAGGUUACUAAAUUUGAGCAGGCAGAUUUGUACUCAAGAAGAUUGUCUUACCACCUGACAAAUCUCACUGCGUCUGAAGAGGUACUGGAGUUUAUGCUUUUCACUGGAGAAGGCAAUCUAACAGGACAGGUGCUGAACAUCACAGUGAAGCCUUUAGUGCAAGUUGCACCUGACAUGCAGAUUUCAAAUCAAGCAGUUUAUAAAUUCAGAAGCAGUGACCUGGAUGCUUCUGAACUAGCCAAUUUGACAAAUAGUAAUCCUAAAUUUGAAGUUAUAGUGCCUCCAUCUCAUGGAAGAAUUAUGAAGAAAAUGUUCAUGAACGAUGCAGUGUUUGAAGAUAUUCAGACAUUCACCCAAGCUGACAUUGAUAGUGGUGUUGUGCUUCUGGACAUAGAUACAAAUAUGACAGGCAUUGAUCUGUUAAAUGACUCAUUCACCUUUGUACUCAGGGCAGAUGCUGUGCAGCCUGCAGUCGGCUCCUUUCAGUAUUCCAUUGUGCCGUACAGUCCUCCACCUGCGCAGGGUUUUACAACCGAAGUGCCUUCCAUAACCAGCACAACCAAUUCAAACGUCUGCGCUACCUCAAAGAACGAGGCACCAACCUCCUCUCAAAAUGAAGAGCCUAUAGCAGCACAACAGAAGACUGAACCAACCAUGUGGCGAGGGCAGAAUCACUGGGGAAAUCUACAAGAGGAAGGUCCUUUGCGAAGUCUAGCAAUGGGAACAAGUGGCUCCCUGGGGACUAAGACCACAACCCAGGUUAAUGCUAGGAGUCCCAGAGAGAAGUCAGGAAAAAGGGACAGCCCUUGGUAUAUCAUUAUUCCCCUGGUCUUGGUAUCUGUGCUACUCACUGUUGUUGUCAUUUCUGUAUGUGUUUUGCUGAUGUGUUGCAGGAAAGAGAAGACAAAACCGUUUGUCAAAAGUCAAAGAGAUGCAGUCCUUAGCAGUCCAAAUCCAUGUCUGGAACGGCGCUUGACUGUACCCAGUGUUACAGUGACUCCUCUCCUGAAGGGGCUUGAGGGAAAUACAGCCUCAACAUAUGUGGUAGCAGGACAUGAGCAACUGCUUCCUGCAGUUGUUUCUCCAUCUGUGGAACAGUCUCUGCAGAACAGCUGGUUAAACCUUGAUCCUGAAAUAAUCCAAUACUGUCGAAAAACAAACCCAACUUUGAAGCGCAAUCAGUAUUGGGUAUAG